AUGUCUGUCUGCCCGCCGCCGCCUCCACCGUUGACUGAAGCUGAUAUAAUAGCCGAUUGUGGUGAAGUGCUUGCUUUCGCAGAGCGUGAGCUUGCUCUUCAGCAACGUGAUCUCUUCCGGUCGACUGCCCGAUUAAGAUCCCAGCAUCAACGUGGACAACAGGUUAGUGGUUCUAGUUGGCCUUCAGAUGCAGACGAUGAACCUGGUGAAAAUAUCAAUACAUCCGGCUCAAUCCCAGGAGCCUGGACUCCGGGAAGCAAGAAUGCAAUGCCUAGCGAAGCACCGACUGGUUCUAUAGGUGAGGAGGUGCGUAGUCAUGUGAAUGGCUUUCAAGAGCAGGUGAAUGCCUGUCGGAACAAAAUUCUCGAUCUGGACCAACAAAUUCAAAAUCCACGCAUAUUUUUCCUCCCCGAAGUAAAUGAUAAAGGUAAGCACGGAUGA